CCCGUUAACCUAUAUCGACAUUAAGUUAUUUCAUGAUAAAAGUCAUUAAAGGACAAAAAUAGUACAAUACAAAUAAAAUGUGGAAUCUAACAUAAAUGUGUUCGGACAACGUAUUUUUCUAACUUUUCAUUUCAUUUUGUUUAAUUUUAUUCGCGUGCUCGUAGUCUUUGGAGGAUGGUUAUCUGCUACAAGACUCGUCAGCUUAUGAAAACUAGCAAAUAUGUUACCUCAUCUCCAGGACUUUAUUUUUCUACUUACAUGCCUUUUCGUAAAAAAUUGUUUUCGGUAAUGAAAAGAGAUACCAAAGAGAUAGGCCCCUUAAGCUGUGAUUGCAGGAGGUUUCAUUCUACUGAUUAUUUUCAAACUAGGAAAGAGACCAGGGCUGCUAAGUUAUCGCCACAAGAGGUAGAUGUCAUUCUCCGCGCCAAUGAAAAUACGCACGAAUUCAACGAAGGUUCGGUCAAAUCUUACGAUUCGAACCAACUGGCUUCGAACAAUCCCAUGGAAGACACCAGAUCCGAGGCCACUUGCCUGCUCACCAAAGGGUUUCUUGCGGGGGUCUUCGACGGCCACAGCGGCGCCGCAAGCGCACAAGUCAUCGCGAAACGUCUCUUCCACUAUAUAACCGCUUGCCUGCUACCUCACGACGUCCUAACGAACUACGUCAAGUCUUUGUCUCUACCCGUCCGUUCCGAACUUGUGCGGCCCCACAACGACAAAGUACAGUUCGUAGAUGACGUCAGAGAUAUCUACGAAGCCAGUUUGACGCAGUUUCUCAAGGAACUUUCGGAGCUAGGUUAUAACAAAAAUAUCGAAGUUCCCAAAGCGAUGGAAAAGGCCUUCCUGAGGUUGGACGAAGACUUGUCGAAUGAAGCGUUGCCAAAAGAAGGACAGCCGAUUAAUUUCAAAACCAUGUCUGUGGCGAUGUCAGGAGCAGUGGUAUGUGUGGCUCACAUCGAUGGGGGCGAUCUGCAUGUUGCCAACGUAGGGGAUUGCUGUGCUGUGCUAGGUACGCUUUCCGAAACAAACUCCUGGCAAGUUAACAAACUAACCAUCGAACAUAACAGCUAUAACCAAUCCGAGGUUGACAGGAUCAUAAAAGAACAUCCGUACAACGAGUGCCUAUCGGUCAUCAAAAUGGACCGGCUGCUGGGUCAGUUGGCACCUCUCCGCUCGAUGGGAGAUUUCAGGUUCAAAUGGAAAAAAGAAAUAAUGAUAAAUCUGAUUGCCAAACAUUUUGGGGAGCAGGUAAUACCGCCCAAUUAUCACACUCCUCCGUAUUUGACAGCCUUGCCCGAAGUGAAGCAUCAUCGGCUUACGCCUAGGGAUAAGUUUUUGAUCCUAGCGACCGACGGGUUGUGGGAUAUCAUGACACCUUUGCAGGCGGUCCGUCUUGUUGGCGAACACAUGAAAGGCAAAGUGACUCUGAGUCCGCUGAAGCUGCCUAGAAAGAACAUGACCUUGAACGAGAUCAACGAGAUGCUGCUCCAGCGCAAGGAGGGCCUCAAAACUAAGCCGAGGGACUCAAACGCAGCCACCCACAUUAUCCGCAAUGCUCUGGGCGGUACAGAAUUUGGUCUAGAUCACUUGAAAAUUUCGCAGCUGCUCACUCUACCGGAAGACGUAGUCCGGGUGUUCAGGGACGAUAUUUCGGUGACUAUCGUUUAUUUCGAUUCGGAUUUCUUAAGACAUUGUCCUCCGUGAGAAAAGUUGAGGCCUCGUCUGGAAUUCUGGGUUGUUUCAGGUCUGUCGACCUGAGGUUUCUGGGGCGUCUGUUCAUCGAUUUAUUACUGAAUAACCAUCGUUUUCUCUUCAGAAUAGACUGAACAUUGAGGUCGUUAUAAGACUGACCAAAAGUUCUGACUUAUUAGACCUCUUCAGCGAUUUAUAUUGAGCCGAUUUUUUUUCAGAAUAAACUUUUCAGUUAUUACAUUUUAGCAAAUUCUGUGCUAGAUUUAUUCAUUUUACAAAUUGUGGAAGGUUAAAAACCCAGAGAACAUCAAACAUUUACUCUUACACAAUUAAUAUCCUUCGAAGAAUAUUCACAAAGUCCUUUAUUUCCUUAUCACAUUUAGUAUGAACACAUCUCCUGUUCCAGACUUACUGCGUCAGUUUUUAUAGUUACAGUAAAGCCUGUUUAUUGAAGAUACAGAAAACUUUAGUAUGGACUUUCUUCAGUAAAAUAUGCUUCAUCUUCUUCGAGAGGAGCAA